AUGACCUCCCAGUCCCCAUCCGACCCCCUCAUCGCCGCCCUCUGCGGCCUCCUAACCCUAAACAUCUACACCCUCCUCGCGCUCCUCCUCUCCAUCCCCCCAUUCCUCGAUCUUCGCCUGUCGACACUAUACGUCCUCGCGCUACAAGGCCUGAUCUCGCUAGUCGUCGUCCGCCUCUUCUAUAUCGCUACGUGCCGCCCGUUCCAGCUGCGAUGCAGGACGACCCUUGCCCUGAUGCUUCUGUAUGCGGUGUUUCCUGUCCCAAGGGUCGCUCUCUGGGUGUUUGAUACCGUUGUUCCGGGGCUUUGUGUGCGGAAGGGGUUUUUCCAGGUGUGUCGUGGUGAUGCAUGCUCGGUGUGA